AUUUAAAAUAUCAUUUUGUGUCGACUGAUACAGCAACGUAAAUAUUUGCGUGGUUUAAAUCUCAUGUUUUUGGAGCAGAUAUGUUUACAGCGAGACUUUAAACUACCAAACAGUCUGUAAUAUAUUCGACAGUAUGACAGUGGCAGGUCCUGAUGUGCGGGUUGAUGAUGAUCUGAGUGUUGCUGAUACAGUGGAUUACUCUGCUUAAAUGUCUGAUGCUUGUUUUCUCUCAUCGUGUUGUUGUUGUUGUUGUUGUUGUGUGAUCGCGCUGCAGCAGCACUGAUGUUCCCCACACUGUCACUCUGUAAACUUCAUCCUGUCUUCUCUCACUACCGCUUUGAGAAACGUCAGAAGUGUUGCAUGAGCACGAACAUAAAAUCUCACGAUUAACUGCGAGACUUGGAAUCUCCAAAAUUUUGGCCGGGCCAAAGAGCGACAUCCGAUGGGGAGGAUCGGCUGUGGGAGAUGCACGGGUUAAGAGAGGGGGUCCUACACAUGGAUGAACCUGGGGGGAGGAGAGAGCAACACUGAGGCUGUCAUGUAAGCCGUCUCCUCUGGGGCCACCUCUCGGUGCGCGCUGCUUCCUGCCUUAGGUAGAAGCGUCAGUGUUGCUGCUGCUGAAGCGUCAGACUGCUCGCUCUCUUCUCUCUCCCUCCCACUAAGAAGGCAACUGCUCUACUCUCAAAGCGCUGAAAUGGAGAAGAGCUGCUCAGAGUGCUCAGAGCCGACACUUGCACAGAGUCUGUGUACACUCUGCAACAAGUGGUUAUGUUACCAGUGCACAGAUGUGCAUCAGCAUCAGAGACUUCCCGCCACUUCCCAGUACAUAGACCUGCACCAGCAGAAGCCCAGUGCCACCCAGUGUCCUGACCUGCACCAGAGAGGCUCCAGCUCCCUGCCCCCCACUGGACAAGGCCCGGGGUCGUAUCCUUGUCCUCUCCUAAUGUGCCACUCUCACAGACAGGAGCCCUUGGAACUGUUUUGUGAGUCAUGUGACCUUCUGUGCUGUAGCAGCUGUCACCUGUCCUCCCACAAAAACCACAGGGUGGUGCAGAUCGGGAAGGCCCUGCAGGAUCAGCAGUGGCUGUUUGAGAGCCUGAUGGUGCAGGUGGAGGAGAGGAGGUCUGCGGUAGAGAACAACGCCAAACAGAUAGAGGGCAGACUUCAUGGAGUAAAGAUUGCACACAGGAAGGCAGAGAACCAGAUUAAAAUGGCAAAGAUGAUUAUGAUGAACGAGCUUAACAAACGAGCCAACCUAUUAAUAGAGCAACUGGAGAAAAUCACGGAGGACUUCCAGCAGCGUCUGGAGGACCAGCUGCAGGGGGCGAUAGAGAUGUGUGGCCAGCUGGACCACGUUCAGAAGUUCAUCACCUGGGCUACGACCCACCACUGCAGAGGCCCGGUGCUCUUCAGCAGGGCUCUGAUUUCACUCCAGAUGCAGCAACUGCUCGAGCCGUCGCUGCACUCAGACUCCUGGAGUCCUGUCAAGAUCAAAUUCAACUGGGACGCCAGUUACUGGAUGAAGCAGAUUUCCUCUUUAGGCCAGCUGACUGUUGAAGGGGGGAACUGCACCUAUCCUCAGGGUCUGGGUUGCUCCAGUGUUAUGAGGCCUCAGCCCGUCACCUGCUUGGCUCUGCCUCCUGUGUUUCACAGAGGACGAGAGCCAGGCUGCGGGUACCAGGCCUGUUGUGAGCCCCAGAUGUGUUGCCUGCAUGGCCUUCCCCCUCAGCAAGAUCUGCCCGGUCUGGACAAAAGCCAGCUGGAAGCCACGCUUUAUAACUCCAGCUGUGUUCAGCCUGCUCUUAUCUCCGGCUCCCUGCACCAGAGCCAGCAGCUCCAGAGGUGCUGGGACACAGAGAGCUCCUCGCACUGUCCCCCCCCUUCAUCGCCCGUCCUGAUCAUGGGACCCAUCCAGCGCAACUGCGGCCGAGGAUCUACGUCCCAGCCGCGAGCUGCCGACCCCCGACCUCACUCUCAGUCCAAGUCUUAUCUUUCUUAUCACCAACACCAGAGAGAGGCUCAGCGGAGCGCAGAGCGCAGCAGACCAGGCCAACGCCAGAGGAAGCUGUCGAUCAGCCACACAGCUGUGGACAGCAGAGAUGUGAUGAGUGAGGAGAGAUACAGAGCGGAGGGGAGCUGUGGUCAAACGGCAGCGGCUGAAUGCAGAGAUGUGGAGCUGCAGCAGGUCAGGAGGGAGCAGAGUCCUGUCCAGCAGCAGCAGCAGCAGCAGCAGCAGAGGACCAGACCUGCACUGACGCUCAGAGACCACAGGGACAGCAGGAGAUCUACGUCCCUGGAGGUGUCGGUGACAGCCCACGACAAUGUAUCUGACGCACAGAGCAGCAGGCUCAGCCCGAGUUCAGCGUGCACGAGGAGGAAGAGACGCUCCCAGAGCAUCCCGGCAGAGCUGGCAGCGCCAUCCACCAGCCCCUGUGCUGAAAGGCCCACAGGAUACGCUCACAGCCUGGAGGCAGGAGCUGCAAAUAAGUAUGCAGGUAUGGAUCCCAGACAGAGGAGAGCGUCAGAUGGAGUGCUUUGUGUUGUCAAGGAAACUUCGUCUGACAUGGCCCCAACCACAGGACACCACUCUCCUCUGCUGUCCUAUAAGACAGAGCCAGAUCAUUCUUUUACUUAUGUAAAUGAAGAGAUUGAUUAUGAGGCCAAGGAGAAAUGUAGGAUGUCAAGAAACGGCCACAGCAGAGAUGUUCAGAAGGACUCCGAAAGGCCCAGGGUUCCUGUGGUUUGCUUAGAGCGUCUCAAAAUACUCGUCUCUCAGCUCCCCCCACAUGGACGACGGCAGAGUGACCCUUUACCCGCCAGCACCACGGAGAAGAGCGAGACUCUCCCACAGCAGAGAGCCUGGCCUGAUGCAGUGCCUCAAGAAGUAGCAGGAGGCUCUGAGACCAGGAGGGCCGCCCUCUCCCUUACAGUGCCACCGUUUGCUGCAGAGCAACAGACUCGUACUCAGUCCACACAGUCGACCGGCAGUGAUGUUGAUAACAAAGGGGAAUUGAGCAUUCAUAAAGCAUCCACACCUCCCUCCACAGACCCUAAAUAUGUGCCACAGAGUUACUCUGCACUGGAGCUGGACUCUGACUCUGAUCCUAGAUCAGUCUCAGAAGAUGCAGUUGUUUCUCGGGUCGAUCCACAGGUCGACUCAGAUGCAUCACCAGACUCUGACCCAAAUACAGAGUCUUCGUCUGAGGCUGAGCUCGAAUGUCUGGCUGAGCAGAAAUCAGUGGCUGCAGGAGAGAUGGGGCUCUGUGCUGAAACUGACCUCGCAGGGGAGUCAGAGCCGAGUCUUGAAUACGAGGCAGACCCAGAAUCAGAUGCAGGAGCGGGAUCAGAGGAUGGCCAAGGACUGGAUGCAGAGUCAGGCGAUGCUGAAACAGAGUCUGACAUCCAGCCUGAAUAUGAUCCUGGUUUUCAGGCCGAGACUGAUUCUAACGUCGUGUCCGAUCAGCCUCCAGACUCUCAGGGCUCUGCGGAGUCUGAGCUCGAAGUCGAAUCUGAGCCUGAGCUGACGGCUGACGACCCACAGCCGCUUCGCUCUGACCUGGAAGACGAGGCCCACGUUGGACCUGGUCAGAGGCCGCUCCUGAUCGCAAACCCUGUGGAAGUCCAGGCCGAGCAGGACGACACAGAGAUGGAGAACGAGGACUUCUGUGCUGUGUGUCUGAUUGGAGGAGAGCUGCUGUGCUGCGACCGCUGUCCAAAAGUCUUUCAUCUGUCCUGCCACAUCCCGUCUCUGCUCAGCUUCCCCUCAGGUGACUGGGUGUGCAGCCUGUGCAGAGAUGUCGAGCAGCCAGAGGUCGACUACGACUGUGAGAACGAGAGAACAUCUGGAGAACACAAAGUGGUGCAUGGACUGUCUGCAUGUGACCAGAGAAAAUGUGAGCGGCUGACUCUUCUGAUCCUCAGCAACAUCCUGAGUGCUCCCUUCCACGAGCCCGUCAGUCCACUUGCUCGUCAUUACUACCAGAUCAUCAAGAGACCAAUGGACCUGUCUGUAAUCAGAGCCAGACUCAAUAAGAAGAACACUCGACAUUACAGCUGUCCUGAUCAGUUUGUUGCUGAUGUUUUUCUCAUGUUCCACAACUGUGCAAAGUUCAAUUAUCCUGACUCUGAGGUGGCCCAGGCCGGCCGCAGCCUCGAGGCGUUCUUCGUUUCCAAGCUGAGGGAAGUUUUCCCAGACAGAGUUUUCCCUGCGGCCGAGGUGGACUCUGACAGCGACGAGUACGACGAGGCCUACAGAACCGCCGAGAGCGGUUUCCCCUGGCCGGAGAGGAGGGAGCAGUGCCACAGGAAGAGGAAGAGGAGACAUUCUCUCAAGUCAAGGAGAUAUCACUUCUAACUGAGGUGAAUGGAGCGCAGCCAUGGACACAGCUAUGCUGUGUUUGUGUGUAAUUAUACUGUUUUUAUUGAGCAGCCUGUGACGCUGUAACAGUGUUUCCAUUCUGUAAUCUGAGAGGAGCCCUGCUCGGGGUUUGCAGGAUCACAGUACUGCCAUCCGAUGGCAGCUGAACAUAUUUUAUCAUUCCUGCAGACUUCAACUGAUCAGAGGAGCAGGAAGAGUGAAAAGGUUUAGCUUACGUAAUAUAUGCUUCACAUUUGGAAUCAUACAGAGUUUGUUGAGUUGCUCCUGCUUAAAACGAGUUAUAGUAGUGCGGCGAUGCUGUCGUUGUUUCUGUGUCAUAUUUUUGGACGUUGAUGAUUUGCCCCGAUGCACUGGAAAUUACUUACUGUGUUUACAUUUAGACCUCCUAAAAUCACAAACCUUAUGUUAUAUGCUAUGUAUACUGUACAAAGAGGAUGCUGUAGUUGGAUGUUCAUUAAUCUCACUUUUUUAGGUGAAUCUAGCCCUCAUUAUACACAGCACUUUGAAACUUUGAUAUUAGUAAAUUCAGCAUAUUCGUAAAUGUUCACCAUAUUUAUACAUGUGUAACUGUACAGAAUUUAUUUUACUAUAUCUGUCAUUUUAACUACUAAAUGAUUGCAGGCAAUUAUCAUAGGUUUGAUUAUUGAUAUAAUUAUGUGUCUUGGUAGCUUUUUUUGAAAAGCAGCAGCAAAUCAUAUUAACUUUGUCUUUUUAAUCAGAGCGAUACAGAAUGUCAGUGAAAGCACCGUAACCAGUGUUAGAGCUCAAUAAGGCAUAUUUCAUGUUGGUCAGAGGAUUUAAUAUCUAGAUCAAACCACCCGAGAAAAUUUAAAUUUUGCAUUUAACCAGUUAAGUUUGUGUAACAUUUCUGUUUCACCUGUGUUUCAGCAAAACGUGGUUGUCCUCUAAUAUCUAAAUAUCUCAGGCUUAAGGAGAAUGUAAGGUAUUGAUAUCAUUCAGUAUGGAUUAUUUUAAAAACGUCCUCGCUUUGUAGAGCCACUCUGUAGAGAGGAAAUAUGUAAUUUUCUAAUACGCACUGUUGUAGCGCAUUUCCUGUUUUUAAAUAUACUUUACUUGCUUCCUGCUGCUUAAGAUAGACUUUCCUUGACUUUUACAGUAAUUAAUGCACAAAUUAUUGUCUGUAUCUUCUUCUCAAGAGUAGUGAAUAUACAACAUACCUGUAUGUAAUGGUACUUCCUUUUAAACCAAUAGAUGUAAUAAUAUUUCCUAUUGUAUGAGGGAAGACUGAUAAACUAUAGUUACUGUCACUGUUUGAUGAGAACAAUGGUUCUUUUUUUCAUUUUUUUUACUGUAACGGUCAACAGUACAUGCACAUAUAUCAAUAUCAAUAAAAUGCAUUCAAGAGAAUAUAUUUAAAAUUA